AUGAAUGCAUCCAUUCGAGCGAUAUCCGUGGCGGGAAACGAACGCACGGGCUUGUCGAGCUCAGCAACUACCGCUGCCGCUCGGCGAUGUUUCGCGGCCAGAGCGAAGAAAGGGGCGGGGUCUAACAAGGGCCGUGGGGUUGGUGAGGACUCAGACGUGGUGCCCAAGAAGCAGCUGGCGCUUUCCAUGGCGCUGAAGCAGGUGGAGAUGGCCUACGGGAAGGGGGCCGUGAUGCAGCUGGGCUCCGCUGAGGUCGCCAAGGUCGAGGUUAUUCCGACAGGAUCGUUGUCGCUGGACCACGCCCUGGGCGUCGGCGGUCUUCCUAGAGGCAGGGUUGUGGAGGUGUACGGGCCGGAGAGCUCAGGAAAAACCACCGUGGCCCUGCACGCGGUGGCCAAGUGCCAAAAGGCCGGGGGCACCGCGGUCUUCAUCGACGCGGAGCACGCCCUGGACUCUGCGUACGCCAAAGCCAUCGGCGUGGACAUGACCAAGCUCUACCUUGCGCAGCCGGACAACGGAGAGCAAGCCCUCGACAUUGUGGACACGCUGGUGAAGUCGGCGGCGGUGGACAUGGUGGUUGUCGACUCUGUGGCAGCGCUUGUGCCCAAGGCAGAGCUGGAAGGGGAGAUGGGAGACCAUCACAUCGCCCUGCAGGCGAGGCUCAUGAGCCAGGCGCUCCGCAAGCUUACGGCGAUCCUGAAUACCACUCGCUGCACUCUCAUCUUCAUCAACCAGAUCCGACAGAAGGUCGGCGUUGUCUUCGGAUCCCCGGACGUUACGUCGGGGGGGAUGGCCCUGCGAUUUUACUCUUCGGUGAGGCUCGAGGUCCGGAAGGGUCAAGCCAUCAAGCAAAACGGAGAGAUGGUCGGCACCAAGCGUGGCGUGCGCGUGCUUGUGGGCGUGCGCUUCUUCAUUCAGGGUUUACCGCGCUACAAGGUCCGCUGGCCGAUGGAAAAGACGCCAGUCUUGCAGGGCAAAACAAAUGCUUGA